AUGCUCUCUCAGUCUGAUUUUUCCAGCCCUCUCAGUUUCACUGGAACCCAGAUACUAGAGAAGUUACUGAUAACUGUUGAAACAUCAGUGUCACAUCAGCUUUUCUAGAGGGAGGUUGGGGGUAGGGGCUGACAUGGGAGUCAGUUAAGAUAUGGUAUUGCAUUAGUUUUCACUGAUUUGGCAAAGCUGACGAAAGUCAGCUUCAAGGCUGAAACAUUAAUUUGAUGCCAUGGCUUCUGAGGCUGUAGCCCAUAGUCACUUGGCCCUGUUGCCUUUGGGCCUGUGGAGGGACAAUUUAUCAUGGAGCAUGUGAUGUGGAAAACUGCUCGAAUCAAUGCAUCCAGGGGCAAAGAGAUAGUAAGAGGGGUAGUUGGGACGCCAAUAUCUUUAAGGACACACUUACAACCAACUAAAUUCUACCAUGAUACUGCACCCCUGAAAGUUUGCCUCACUUUGCUGUUGUGCUGUGGGCAGCAGAGCAAACCUUUACUGUGUAGACCUUUGGACAGAAUUUAAUAUUCAAGAUAUAACAAUAUUCACUUCCCACCCAGCACAGAAAGGAUGGGCAGCUUUGAUUUCUUUGAGGCUGAAUGUAUGCACCAUGACAAUUAUGAUCUAAUGUCAUGUGAACCUGGAUGCUGGAUCAUUAAACAGCCUGGGCUUGAUGGAUCAUGUGAUAAAAAUAUGUUUUGUUUAGUAAGAAAUUACCAAAUUGUACUUCAAAGUUCCUUUACCAUUUUGCCUUCCCACUAGAAGUGAAGGAGAGGUACCAUUCUUCUCCAUAUGCACUUAACCAUUAGCCUUGGGAUGUGAGCCAUGAGAACAGGCAAAUGAAGCAUCAUUUCAAUCUUCAACUCUCUAAAGCAGACUGUCUUUCCAUAGGCUUAUUUGUUAUCUGUUUACCUUUGCUGAAAACACGUCUGUUCAGAACUCUCGCCCCUUUUAGGGGGUAGGAGCAGGGGACUGAGUUGUUUUCCCUUUGUUCAGUUUAAAGACUUCUUUGCAUGUUUUGGAUUCCCAUGUGCAUUUUGCAAAUAUUUUCUUUCAGUUUGUGGCUUGUCUUUGGAUCCUCUUAAUAUUAUGUAUAUUUAACUAUCUAACCUUAAGAUCGUGGCUCAGUUAUUUUUUAAAGACCCGAGACAUCCACGUUUACAAUUGUGAAGAGAAGCUUGAAGGAUCCUGUUGUUCCCUGUUCACCGCUGACCCCUUUUGUGAGUGUCUGCAUUUGUAGAAUGGAUCAAGUCAUCAAGUUCAAGCUGAGGCUCAGCCUCAAACCUCACCUUCUUAAUGGGAUCAUCACUGCCACGAUCCAAGAGUCAGCUAGUGGCCUGUCCAAGUUGGCUGGGUCUAGCCGAGCUGACAUUUUUGCUGACUAGAGUCAUGCUAUCUUUGCCAGUUUGCUGGAAUAGACACAGACAUGGAUUGGGUCACCACGAAGACAUUCCUGUCUUGUGAAGCAAGUCUGUUUGUAUUUUAGGUUUGCCAGGACUAAUGAAUUGAAACAUUUGGACGCUCUACAACUCGCUGUUUAUCAAUGCCUCUGACAGGAGGAGGGUUUUUCUUUUGCUCUUGCUUUUUCUAGAAACAUGACAACAUCCUGGCUGUUGGAGUGGCAACGAAAGGAGAGAGGGGCUGUGCAAGGAAGCGGAACAGGGAGGUCCCGUGGGAUGGGACGCUGGGGUCCGGGGCAGAGCAGGUAGUAGUGUGCAGCCGGGACAGCUGUCUCUGCUCCUCAGAGUGUCAGUGGCUGCUAUGCAGCAGGUGCAGACUGCUCUCUCGCUGAGUCCUGACUGCACGAACGCAACGACCGGCCAAGGCAGUGGCUGGCCCUGGAUUACACAAGUGCAGACUCUCAACUAAGUGAGGUAAGGCGACAGGUGUGAAACCCAACUAACCUCUCUGAGCACCGGCAACUUAGCUAGGGCCCUGUUACAGACGCGGGAGAAGGAACCAGCAGCCGGUUUCCCCAGGGGUACGAUGAAAAGCUGGAAGACCCAGGAGAAGGCCGGGCCUCAGGUGCCCACAUGAUCAGCACAGCCAGGGUACCUGCAGAUAAGCCAGUACGCAUCGCAUUUAGCCUCAAUGAUGCCGCAGAUGAUACACCAUCUGAAGAUGCCAUUCCUUUGGUCUUCCCAGAAUUAGAGCAGCAGCUCCAGCCCCUGCCACCUUGUCACGACUCCGUAGAAUCCAUGCAGGUGUUUAAACAACACUGCCAAAUAGCAGAAGAGUACCAUGAGGUCAAAAAAGAGAUCGCCCUGCUUGAGGAAAGGAAGAAGGAGCUCAUCGCUAAGCUGGACCAGGCAGAAAAGGAGAAGCUGGAUGCCGCUCAGCUGGUUCGGGAAUUUGAGGCCCUGACGGAGGAGAACCGGACACUGAAGAUGGCCCAGUCUCAGUGUGUAGAGCAACUGGAGAAGCUCAGGAUCCAGUCUCAGAAGAGGCAGGGGUCGUCCUAACAGCAGGGAGGAAAUGUGAGCAGGCGAGGUUGGUGACUGCUCUGCACUGGCCAAAAGAUUUGCAUCUUAAAGGAACAGAGAGUAAAAUCCAUCCUCUUUACUACUCACAGGGCAAGUGCUUCCAGUGGGUUUAGUGCUGCCUCGCUUCUAGCUUGACAGAGGGAUAUUUUAUUUUAAGCAAGGUCAUUAAUGCAAAGCUCUCACCAGUACAUAUUUUCAGAGAUCAGAGAUCUUUUCCAAAGAUAUAUAUAUAUAUAUAUUUCUUAGUUAGAAAGUUAUGAUCAUACUAUACGUUAGAGUAGAAAAUAAUAAAAAUAGAAUACUGACUGGCACCACUGAAAAUCAAGAGCCAUAAAACAAGCCAGUUGGAUGUUCACUGCAGCUUCACAUCUGUGCAUCUUAAAUUUUAUGCCUUUUCCUAUUUCAAGUCUGCUCAGCCACAAAGCAUGGAAACGCCUCUGCACAUAGCUGUGCUCGGUAGCACCAGAUGUAAUUCUUCAAUGACUGAUUGUCCUAAGAGCAAACGGUUGCGUAGCCUAAAUGAUUUCUCAUGAAAAUAUUAUCGGGUGUGUCCAUGCCCAGAGCUCACGGGCCAGUGCUGACUUGUGUGAUAAUCAAGGCUGGCCGAGCCUUCUUCACUGCUUGUUAACACCCAGUGGAUACGUUUGCCUUGCCUUUGUAUGUGUCUUUGGGAUCUGGGCAUGGGGUAAGUAGAAAGCUACCAUUCAGAUACUAUUUUGUUGAGUGUCUACGUAAGAUCAGUGGAAAGAACAUAACUGUUGCAGUGUUUCAGGAGAUGCGGUAGAUCAGUAAAAACUGACAGGCACGUGCAUGUGAAUUCAUAAUUGAAGUGAUUUCUCUCUGUUGCAGCUACCGCACUUACCCACCCGUCCUUGUUCUGUGUCCAUUUCUAUUCACGUGAUUUCUUUUUCAUUAAACAUGGAUCAAAAGUA